AUGGCGACUACAGGCGACAAUUUCAUUGAUAAGACGAACCCCAAUCCCUAUGCCCAGGCUAUCUUCCUGUCGCAGAAGAUAAUCAACAAUGGUUUCAGUGCAAUGUGGGACGCGGCCCAGCGGGAGGACGAUGAAGAUAACCCCUUGAAGUAUUUUUCUUAUACUGUCAGGGGAGGAGACUUCCUCAAAUUCAAGGUCGGACGGCCCACCGUCAGCUUACAGGUUACUACGGAAGAUCCCAUGUUAUACUUUCAGCUGCGCAUGACUGAGGGUGAGGUGCUUCUUUACCUGACUGAUGACCCUGAUGAUGACAGCAAAAUCAAUUGGGAUAUCAAGAACUGGAUAUUUGCUUUCUCGGUAACGAUUGCUCGAAAGGAGGUCACCAAAGAUUCGAAGGAGUACCAAGAGUUCAAAGAACGUGCGGGACUGCCUAAUUCCAACUUCACCCUGGCUGCGUUGUUUAUUGAUGCAUCGUCGACAACAAAAUGGGAGCCCGACCUUAGUGAAUUUGGAGACAAGAAUGAUGCAUUCAGGAAUCUGACUCCUGAGGCCCGUGCCACAUUUGACAGUUUUAUCCAGCGCUGGCUAAAUGUAAUGAAGGAAAAAGGCAAAAACAUUCUGGGCUAUUCUGCAGAACGCCAGGAAGAUGACGAGCGCUCCGAUGGUUCUCAGGCCCCAAAGGAUAACAUAGAGUUCAACGCUCUCUCGUAUCUGAUGAUGUGCAACUUCGACUCUCCCCCGGCCGGUGGGGCUAUUGAGUACACUGGUCCUUGGGUUGAUAAUGGUGAUCGCGAGGGUACCUUCGUCAUGAACUGUGAUUUGUUUUGGCCUUGGAUGCAAGGCCUGAUGCGAAAAUUAGUCAUUGACAUGGUUCCUUAUCCCGACACACCCAUGUGUUAUUGGGAUGAUAGCAAUGACCCGGACCAUCCUUUCCGGUCCAGAAUCGAGUACCACACCGGAGACGACGCUGCUGAAGAUAGCCAGUACCAGUUUUCGCCUCAAUGGUGGAAGCCAAACACUUGGUGGCUGAUUGGCCCAUCGCGUCAUAGCGAAAUUCAAGUCGCGAAUCCUAAUGAUAGCCGUGACACCAUGAAAUUGCAGGAAGACAUCUCGGGUUCCGUCCUGGUGGACAGGUAG